GAGAGAGAGGGAUAGAGGAACAAUUCUCAUCCUAGGGCGGAAGAGCUGGCUGGGAAGUGCAAAGGCAGCAGGACUCCCAUAUACCCUGGGGGCUCCAGUGAAGAGCGGCAUCCAGCCCCAGUCCGCGGAGAUGCUGCUGCUGCUGUCUCCGUGGUUGCUGCCGCAGCCGGGUCUCCAAGUGCACCGUGGGUACCCCCAGUCACUUCCUACAGACCAGGCCAAUCAGGCAGCUCAGGGGCUUGCAUUUUGGCAGAUGCACCCCAUUCUAGUUCCCCGCCUGCUGAGCCUGGGGGCUGGAGCCGGGAAGCCGCUGCGCUGCGCUGGGACUAGUAUCCCUGGCUCCUAAUGGCUCUCCCGGAAUCUCUGGCCCCAGGGGCACGGUGUCUGCAGACCCGCUAAAGUGGGAGGGAGUGAAGGAGAAGAGGGCAGGCCCCGAGGGUGCAUGAUGAAGGUCCUUAUGGGCAUCCGGAGGCUGAGGUGGAAGCUCGGUAGGCGCUGCACCCUUCUCUUCGUUCUCUUCUGGACCGUUUGCUGGGUGCUAGUGGCCACACUUUUCCUCCAAAUCCACAGGAGUGUCUUUUCUGAGCGCUGCACAGACGAAAAGAGCCGGAGGAUCCUGGCUGGGCUGUGUCAUGACUACCAAGGGGGCAUGCUGAUGGGAAACCUUUGUGAAGACCUGUGUGUGGCUGGCAAGCUGGUGUACCAGCGUUGCCUCUACUAUGAGAGGGGCAAGAAGGUUCUUCAGGCCACUUGGCAUGGCCAGCCUGUUGUCCUAAAAUCCAAGAAAGAGGCCUUCUCCAGCUUCCAACCCCUUGACUUGUUGGAUGAGGAAGUGGAGGGUAGCAAAGACUUUCCUGAGGAAGAGCUCCUCCUAAUGGUAGCUAUAGAGGUCAAGAAUGCCCUAGGUCUGGAGAUCUCCAACAGUACCAUGGGGCCCCUGUGGCCAGGGAAAAGGGGUCCUCGAUGGAAGGUGCAGUUGGCCAGUAUGUGGUCACUGCUUCAACAGGAGGAGUAUCUCUACUUUAGCCUUCUACAAGACUUCAGCCGCCAUGUCCUGCAGGUGCUGGGCUCCUGUGGUCACUUCUAUGCAGUAGAAUACCUUGCUGCUGGACAUCCCGGGCACAGAACACUUUUUCCCUUGGAGGAAGCUGUUGGCAUCCCCCUCGUGAGUGAGAAGGGCCAGGCAAAGGCCAUUAACAACAUUGCUCUCAGUUUCCUGGACAUGGUAGAACAUUUUGAUAAUGACUUCUCCCAUCGCCUUCACCUCUGUGAUAUCAAGCCAGAAAACUUUGCCAUAAGGAGUGACUUCACAGUGGUGGCUAUUGAUGUGGACAUGGCCUUUUUUGAACCUAAGAUGAGGGAUAUCCUUGAACAAAACUGCACAGGAGAUGAAGACUGUAACUUCUUUGACUGUUUUUCCAAGUGUGAUCUCAGAAUCAACAAAUGUGGGGCCCAGAGAGUCAACAACAACCUGCAGGUGAUCUGUGACAAAACUAUUGCCCACAGGUUUCCUUCUAAUUUCAGAAGUUCUGCCAUCACUUUACAACUCCAGGAGCAGUUACAGAAAGCUGUGCAUGAAUGUGCAGAUCCUGGAAUCCCAGACACACCCCACCAUCAGAGGGUGUCUCCAAACUCUUUCUCUGAAUUAUACCGAUUGCUUCAAGCUACUCAAAAGGAACUUCAGAAAUCAGAGAAUUAGCUUUUUCCAAUGACUCUGUACUAUUUCCACUGCAUUUGUUUGUUACAAGUUAUAUAUUAGUACGUUUUUCUUUUUUACUAUGCAAAGGAAACAUCUAUGAAGAUACUAUGGAUAUUAUCAUGGCUCUCUGAAGUGUGAAAUUGCCUUAUGUUAUUUCAGUCCCAGCUCUGGCCUUUUUGAUUCGUACUUCCCUCCAUUCUGUCUCUUGCCUGGUUUGAUUUACCUAAGCUGUUUGAAGGACAGGGUGAUACAUUAUAAACACUGGCUCUGGGGUUAAAAAAGGAAGUGUGGAAGAGUGAGCACAAAAGAUAAUUUUGGUUUGGGGGGGGGGCACUUGGUAAACAGCCACAAUCUGUCUCUGAAGAGAAUGGUAGGCACCCUUUGGUUUUCUCUGAUACCACACAAGGAGAAUCUUCAACUCUGUUCUGUCAUAGAUAAUAAAAAGCAAUAGCGCUAAAAGUGUUGGAUGUAUGCAGGGUUUGACAACCCUACUCAGCACUCAUUGCUCAGAGAUCGAUUAAGCCAGCAAAGGGGAAUCAACUUGUGCUGGACUGAAAAGUUUUACCCGAUCUUGGGAAAAAAAAAUAUGACACUUUCAAGAAUAGAGUUUGUGUUGGAGAAGAAUUAAUCUAUCAUGUCAUUCUGUAGUAUCUUUAACUUUGUGAGUGAAUCUACCAUGAGUGAAUGAAUGAAAAGGUAUUUAUUAAGUGCUCGCUGUCUCUUUGCUAACCUUGAAUUUCUGCUCUCUGAUAACCUUUUUUUUUUGUUCUAGCUCUCUAAGUUCAAAGAUCAUACUUUUGGAAGAAGAAACAAAGCAAAAGGAGUUGGUUAUCACUCUAUGCUAUGGGUCAUUAUUAUUAUCUCAUUCAAACCCUAUGCUUUUCUUGAUCUUCCUCUUGUUUCCAACACAUAUUUUUGUAAACUUUUUUGUUAUGAUUAGCAUUCUUCACUAGUUUGGGUUUACCUGGGGUUUUGUCAUUCCUGACACUAUUCCUUUGGAACUAUAUGAUUCUUUUUUGUUUGUUUGUUUGUUUGUUUUUCAGGCAAUGGGGGUUAAGUGACUUGCCCAGGGUCACACAGCUAGUAAGUGUCAAGUGUCUGAGGCCAGAUUUGAACUCAGGUACUCCUGAAUUCAGGGCCGGUGCUUUAAGCACUGCGCCAUCUAGCUGCCCCCACUAUAUGAUUCUUUAUAUUCAAGGGCAGUUUACUUGCCUUUGCUUCAAUCUUCAUCCAUCCAUCCAAACAACCAUUCAGAUCCAUUUGACAAACACUUAAGUGCUUACUGUGUGUCAGAUACUCUGCAAGGUGCUGGUGAUAUUUAAAACAUGAAAUACCACCUGACCUUAAGGAGCAUACCUUUUUUAUUUUAUUUUAUUGUAUUUUUGGUGGAACAAUGGGGGUUAAGUGACUUGCCCAGGGUCACACAGCUAGUAAGUGUCAAGUGUCUGAGGUCAGAUUUGAACUCAGGUCCUCCUGAAUCCAGGGCUGGUGCUUUAUCCACUGUGCCACAUGACAGUAUUUCUUCUGCUUCUUUCUGCAUUACUCAUAUGAUUUAUAUCAUAUUUUCCCCCUGUGGUUCCAAGAUUUAUUCACCUGCAUAUGUCUUUUUAAUGUUCAACAUGAUACCAAUAUUCUUUUUAUCUAUACUACUCUUUUUGAGUAAAAUAUACUGUUGUAUUUUCCAAUCAUAAAUCCUAUGCCUU